AAGCUCUGUGGCCAGGCACCGCAAAAACAGCGAGGAAAGAAAAAUAGCAAUCAUCUGAUUUUGCUGUCUCUUCGCUCGCUGACGAGGUUUCAAGAAACAGAAGCACUUGUGACCAGCAAACACCUUGAGAAUGACAAGGAAGAUCUUCACCAACACCAGGGAGCGAUGGAGGCAGCAAAAUGUCAACAGUGCCUUUGCCAGGCUGAGAAAACUCAUUCCCACGCACCCACCAGACAAGAAACUGAGCAAGAAUGAGACACUCCGGUUAGCUAUGAGAUAUAUCAACUUCCUUGUCAAGGUCCUGGGAGAGCCAGGCCUGCAGCAUACAGCAGUGGCAGCACGGGGCAGCAUCCUGGGGUUCUUCCAGCAAGCCCCAAGCUUGCAAAGCAUGGAGGAGCUGACACUGAUCGAAAACUGUGGUGUUUCCUCUCCUGGCAUGAGCAGCAAUAUAGUAGAGUGUUGGUCUGAGACAUCAUCUCCCUAGCAGAGUCAUAAUGAGACAGGCGGUCUUGGUGUUAGUUUGAUAAUCCCCCUCUUUUUGCAGAAUCUAUGGGUUGCUCCUCUAUGUAUUGUGAUUAUUUAUUUAUAUUUAUUAUUGUUUUAUAUGGUAUACAUUUUUAUUAACAACAAAAGAAAUUCUUUGUCAGCUAACAACCUGGAAGAAUAGACAGAGAGCUUGCAGUCCUUGUGAAAUGGGAAGAACUCACUGCUGCCAUGGUAGAGUUAAAGCCAGAAGGGCCUUUUGCCCUCAUCUCUUCCAUAAAUCAGGCCAUCGAAAUUCAUCUAGUGUUUCUGGCAGGGAAAGAGAUUAUUCUCACAUGUUAUUUUAAGAAAACACUACUGAGCUCAAGAAAAGGAAACACUACUGAGCUCACCACAAAAUUUGUCCAAGACAGAUGUCAGUAGUGCAAGAUUUUGAGAGAAGUGGUAUUUGCCACAGUCCUCCACCAGUGGUUCCAGGAGCUAAUUGCACUCACUCUUGAGCCUAUGAAUCUUAUAUCCAGCAUGAUUCUUUUUCUUGAAAAUACAGGUCCUAUCCUUUGAACCUAGCUACACUUUUCUCCAUCAGACUGGAGGGAUCCUUAGUGCCAGGGAUUAUGAAAUGCUAUUAAGCAAAAUUAAACAUUAGGCUAAAGCAAAAAUACUUUAAAAUAAAAGAAGACAUAGUCAUAGAUGAGUUUCAGUGGUUUCAAUAUGCAGAACAAACCUCCUCUGUAGUAGUGACAGUGUGCAUGUGAAUGAAGGUGGUCAGCCAGGUUUCAGCCGCCUUAAAAGCCCAUCAAAGAGGUUGGUCCCUAAACAUCUUUGUUCCUGUAGCUGUAGCAGUGGGGGAGGUCUUGUUUUGGGAGGGAGAUCCCAAGAGAAAGUCCUUAAUGAUGCAGUGUAAAAACCUUCAUGGAAACACUAGUGAGCAGUUCCCCUUCCCAUGCCAAUGUGCAGAAGCAGCUGGAGCAUGUCUGAUCCUGGCAGAAGGUGCUGGACAUGCACCACUGGUGCAUUGCAGUGCCCCUUUGGCACAGGGCUGUGUGCCAUUGGUCUUAGGCAUUGAGUUCCUGAACCAGCCCUGCUUUUGCUACCGUGGGAGGCAGAACUGAGCUGCACACAUACUUGCUGUCAUCUGUGAGACCCUAGUGCUGUGAUGCUGGGCUGCUUGAAAUUGGAUUGAUGUCUGCCCCAGAUAGGGUACCAAGACCAUGAACAAGACUAGGGGCACACUGCCUGUGUAUCCAGCUGACUGCCUCUAAAGUCCCUGCGUUCACUUGCUGUCAUUGAAGUUCGUCCAUCUGGACACUAUCCCAAAUGGGCUGAUAGAGCAAGGACAAAGCAGUGGGUGUAAAUGCCUUCUGCUUGAUUCACUGGGUUCUUUGUAGGGAAUGCCAACCACCAUGCUGUAGGUGUUUAGAUUAUAAGCAGGAUGAAAAGAGGUUUCAUGAAGGUGACCCUUGUCAGUUUGAUUUCCUGACUGAGUUAUAAUCUGUGCCAGCAAAGGUCUGGACUGCUCAUGCAAGUUCUAAAGCUGCCUAGAGCAACAGAAAUUACACCAGGCUCAAGCAGAGCUGCUUUCUGGUCAGAUCCUCCUCCCACUUUGGAUUUCCAUGUGGACCAAGGUACAUGUCAAUGCUUAAAAAAGACAGCUAUUCACCACUGCUAAAGAAAUGGAGCUCCCAUGUGCCAAGGCAUGUCCCUGGGCUGUUUCUGUUUAUUCAUGUAGCAAUGAGCUAUUUCAGGAAGCAGAGAUAGGGUUUGUGCAUGUAACAUGUACAGGCAUGAGAGGAUUUGGCAUCCAAAGCUAAGCUGCCUUUUAAAGCCUCAUCAACCACCAGGUGCACAAGGAAGCCAGGGCUGGCUUCUGCUAAGUGUGUAUUGACCUGUCCUGUGCAUUGACAAAGACCAAGGAACACAGCAGACCCUGUCCAGGGCUGGUGCUGUAAGGUACAGGUGUGCCAGUGGAUAGAUUUUGACAAAAAUUAAAAAAAAACCCCCAAAACUGAAAGAAUUCAUGGUGAUUUAGUUUUGUUUCUGAACACUGCUAAUCUUCAGUUUGCUUAUCCCUGCAUUUCUGAGCUGUCAGGGCUGAGGAUUGCACUGGAGAGCAGCUGAGUGGAAAUGCACUAAGCAUCUUUUGCAUGGUUCAUGAAAUCAGUAUUGCUUUCUCCUUGUCUCUGCCCACUUUAAUGUUACUGAAUGCAGUCACAGCCUCUUCUGGACAGCUUCUCAAAGGUGAAGAGCCAAGUCCUCCUCCCAUCUUUCUGUUGACUUGCGGAGUUACAGCAGGAUAAAUUAGUCCAAGUAAAUCAGGGCAAUUGUGGGCAAGGUAUGGUGGUGCUAUCUGGUCUAUCAGUCACUUGCUAUUCUAGAGAACACAUGUCAUCAAGGCAAGCCAAAACAUCUUGUGAGCAGAGUUAUUGUACAGGGAAGGGGAAAGAAAACUGGCAGUUUUGUAACCUGUUUGUUACGUUUUCUAUCUUAAAAAUCUUCGCUUCCUGUUACUGCUUUGAUUCAUAUCAAUGAUUUAUUUGUUCUCCUUUCCAUUUAGGAGCUUCCUACUCUCAUUUUCAGCAUGUAUUUUACUAGAUCUAUCUACCAAAGAGUUUUUUGUGGGGAUCAAGUUUCUUUUGAAUUUUGUGGAUUUCUUAUCUGUAUGAUCAUGAAGUACAGUGUAACUGAUCACAUUCUGUGCUAUAUGAUGUUAUUUAACUUCUAAUAUAUUCCAAAUAAAUUAUUCAAGAAACUAAUCUUUGUCUUUUUAAAACUUCUCUAAAAUUUUACUUUACAUUUGCAUACCACUUGGUAGAGGGUACCAAAAACAUUACAAUGUUAUUUCCAGUAGAGUGUCGCCCUACUGUUCAGCACUUAUACCAGAGUCUUGAUGUUAGAAACAACAUUGUCAGAUGAUGAAGAAUGAUGGGAAUUCUUUGUUUAUUAUGAUUUCUUCUACUUUUUGGUUGAAUUGUAUUUCAGUCUAUGUGUUAAGAAGAUUUUAACCAGCUCUUGAAAAGGACAGAUAAAU